CUGGACAACGGCGAGCCGUGCAUCGAGGUGGAGUGCGGCGCCAACCGCGCGCUGCUCUACGUGCGCAAACUCUGCCAAGGCAGCAAGGGUCCGUCCAUCCGCCACCGCGGGGAGUGGCUCACACCCAACGAGUUCCAGUUCGUCAGCGGCCGAGAGACGGCCAAGGACUGGAAGCGCAGCAUCCGCCACAAAGGAAAAAGUCUGAAGACGCUUAUGUCCAAGGGGAUUCUGCAGGUGCACCCUCCGAUCUGCGACUGUCCGGGCUGUCGAAUAUCCUCCCCGGUGAACCGGGGGCGGCUGGCUGACAAGAGGACAGUUGCCCUCCCCACUGCACGGGUCCUAAAGAAGGAGCUGACCCCCAGCUUCUCGCCCAGUGAUGGUGACAGUGAUGGGAGUGGCCCAGCCUGUGGGCGGCGACCAGGCUUGAAACAGGAGGACACCCCACAUGUCCGUAUCAUGAAGAGAAGAGUCCACACCCACUGGGACGUGAACAUCUCCUUCCGAGAGACGUCCUGCAGCCAGGACAGUGACCUGCCCACCCUCAUAUCCAGUGUCCAUCGAAGCCGCCACCUCGUUAUGCCAGAGCAUCAGAGCCGCUGUGAAUUCCAGAGAGGUGGUGUGGAGAUAGGCCUGGGAGCCUCAGGUGACCUGUUGGGCAAGAGGCUAGGCCGCUCCCCCCACAUCAGCAGUGACUGCCCAUUGGAGAAAAAGGCACGAAGCAAGUCACCCCAAGAGACUCUGUUGCUGCCAGAACUAGGGCCCAGCAUGGCCCCUGAGGAUCACUACCGCCGGCUUGUGUCUGCCCUGAGUGAGGCCAGCACCUUUGAGGACCCCCAGCGUCUCUACCACCUGGGCCUCCCCAGCCACGAUCUCCUGAGGGUUCGGCAGGAGGUGGCGGCAGCAGCUGUGAGGAGCCCCAGUGGCCUGGAAGUCCACCUGCCUUCAUCCACGGCAGGUCAGCGUCGAAAGCAGGGCCUGGCUCAGCACCGAGAGGGCACCAUGCCAGCUGGCACCCCAUCCUUCUCAGAGAGGGAGCUGUCGCAGCCGCCCCCCUUGCUGUCACCCCAGAAUGCCCCGCACAUCGCCCUGGGCCCUCACCUCAGGCCCCCCUUUUUGGGGGUGCCCUCGGCUCUUUGCCAGACCCCAGGUUACGGGUUCCUGCCCCCUGCCCAGGCGGAGAUGCUGGCCAGGCAGCAGGAGCUCCUGCGGAAGCAGAACCUGGCCCGGCUGGAGAUGUCUGCAGAGCUGCUGCGUCAGAAGGAGCUGGAGAGCGCGCACCGGCCUCAGCUGCUGGCGCCCGAAGCCGCCCUGCGCCCGUCGGAGGGCGCCGAAGAGUUGCAGCGGCGCGGGGCCAUGCUGGUGCUGAGACACAGCUCCGCGCCGCUGCUGGCCCUGCCCCCCCAGGGACCCCCAGGCCCCGGCCCCGGCCCCCCCACCCCUCCCCGGGAGCCUGUCCGCCGGGCCCUUCGGAAGGGGGGCCCCAGCCCUGCCUCAGCCCACUCCAGUGAGUCCAAGGAGACCACAGGGGCUGGGUUCUGGGCACAAGAUGGCUCUGAGGAUGAGCCCCCCAAGGAUUCAGAAGGCGAGGACCCUGAGAUGGUGGCUGCUGGGGGCCAGGGCCCCAACUUGGGCCAAGCCCCAACUGGAGGGGCCAGCCCUGAGGGGAAGGGGCUUCUCUCAGGGUCCAUGCUGCCCCCUCCACUGCCCCUGGGCUUACCCUACGCCGUCAGCCCCUACUUCCACACAGGCACCAUGGGGGGACUCUUCAUGGAUGGGGAGGAGGCCACAGCCCCUGAGGACCUCAGCAAGUGGACAGUGGACGAUGUCUGCAGCUUUGUGGGGGGCCUGUCCGGCUGUGGAGAAUAUGCACCGGUAUUCAGAGAACAGGGGAUCGAUGGGGAGACCUUGCCCCUGCUGACCGAGGAGCACCUCCUGACCACCAUGGGGCUGAAGCUAGGGCCUGCUCUCAAGAUCCGGGCCCAGGUGGCCAAGCGCCUAGGCCGAGUCUUCUACAUGGCCAGCUUCCCUGUGGCUUUGCCGCUGCAGCCACCAACGCUGCGGCCCCCAGAGCGGGAGCUCACCUCUGGGGAGCAGCCCCUGUCCCCAACAACGGCCCCCUCCCCCUAUGGGGGGGGGCACCCCCAUGCUGGCCGAGCCUCGCCCAAGCAAGAGAAUGGAACUGUGGCUCUGCUCCCAGGCCCUGCAGAACCCCCCCAGCCUCUGUGCUGAACUGGUGGGUGAGCCACCCUGACCCCUAAGUCCUUCAGUGCCAGCAGCUGAUGGUGCUGACCCACCCCACAGCUUACUUGCGUUUUGGAUUUGGAUGCAAAAACGCAAAGAAUUUUUAAAAGGAAAGUGACGUAAGAGGAAAAGCGUUUUCAGAACUUUCUGGGGGUGGCAGCACAGACAGGUGCAC